GUGUGAGUGAGUCUCUCGGUCACAUUCACACACCCAGUCGGAAAUCAGGAACGAAUUUUUCUUUUUUAUUGGAUAUGUUUUCUUUAUUUAAAAUUCAAAACCAACGCCUCUGAAAUCUCUGACCCCUUAGUUUGAUCACAAAAUCUGCAUGUGCUACGUCGCUGCUUACCGCGUCCCACACCUCUCUCUCUUUAAUGCUCGCAAAUACUAACAUCUAAACGAAACUCAGUCCUAUUCUGCAGUAUCCUAGGCUCCCUCUUUUACUUUUAAGUUACUUCCUUCUUUUCAAUCCUAAUCCGCCCAUUCAUUUAUUCCCUUCUUUUCCAUUAAUCUCUUCCUGUAUUUAUACCCACUAUUGCCUCUCUUUCUUCCCACCCACACCCGCAACCCCUUUUGAUCCUUCUUCUCCCAAUACAUUAUAUUUAAGCGCUCUCGCUUUGGGAUUUGCCUUCGGUUCGCGUAUGGCGAUUCAAGCGCAGUUGUGUCCGAACAACCUCGGGUUCCCUUUUUGUGGGUCUCAGGAUUUGAUGACCGAGAAUGGGUUAGCGCAGUCGUGUUUCAAUUCCCAACAGACACACCAGCAGCAACAGGAUUUGCGACAGUUGUACAAUGAAAGGCAGAGGAAUCAGAACGUGCUUGUCGACGCAAACCUUCUCUUCUCUAGUGAUGCCAAAGCAAACAACCUUAACCUAUCUUCACUGUCCAUUUCGCAAGGCCUGGCUCUUCAAUUCGAGAAGCAGAGCCAGGAUAUGGAUCGCUUCAUCAGAUUACAGGGAUUUGAAUGUUACUCUUAUGAAUGGUGCAGAAUGAGAAACUGAGAAUCAUGCUGCAAGAUCAGAGGAAGCAUCAAGUGGCGACCUUACUGAAGAAAGUGGAAUCCGACGCGAUUUACAUGCUGAGGCGGAAAGAUGAAGAAAUUGAACGGGCAACGAAGAAAACGCUGGAGUUAGAAGAGUUUUUAAGAAGACUGGAGGAAGAGAAUCAAGCGUGGCGUAAACUGGCUCAGGAGAAAGAAGCUGUGGUGGUAUCGCUGCACAACACAUUGGAGCAGGUGAAAGAGAGAGCUUAUCAUGGUUUCAACAAUGGAGUAGCAGCAGAUGAUGCAGGUUCGUGCUGUCCCGAAGAAGAGAACAGGACAGGUAUUAUUGGUGGGGAAGAGGGUGAAUUAGAAGUAGAACAGAGUACGAGAAAGAUGAUGGUUUGUAAAAGCUGUAAUUCUGGGAAGGCGUGCUUUCUGUUUCUUCCUUGCAGGCAUCUGUGUUCAUGCAGGGUUUGCGAGGCUUUGCUUCAGGCUUGCCCUGUUUGCAGUACGCCUAAGAAAGCUAGCAUAGAGACUUUGAUUUUCUAGGCUAGUUUUCCGGGAAAAGACGAAAAGUAAAUACAGAAUUGGAAGGAAAAGAAAAGGAAAAGGAAAAGGAGAUUGCUUAGAAGUUGCUGGGAUAUCAGUCAGAUGGAUGCUUGCACAUAAUCCAUUUCGAUGAAUGCACUCUUGUCACAAUGCAGAUUGUAGAGUUACUUUAGUCCAUUUUCAUUCAUGACUUCACCUUUUUUUUUCUUUCUCUCCAAGGGGGGAAAAGUUCUCACGAGUUAUAAAGAAAGUUAUUUUUUGACCGGUUCGAUGGGAUCUAGGGGAGCAUUUGGGACAAUUACUCAUUCGUUCAGUUUGAAAGUGAAAAAAUUGUGAUUAUUUAUUCAUCAACAGAUCUUUUCUAAUU